AGCCAAAAGCUGCAAUUGGAAGGCGUUAAACUAAACUCAAAAUUCUUCUCUUCUGUGUCUGAUUUCUCCACUCUCAACCACAAAAAUCAAAAAUGUUACUAAUCCCAAUUUCUUCGUCUUCGUCUGUCCUUCCUCAAUCUUUCUUCAAUUCUACUUCUUCAUAUUCGUCGAAUCAUCACUCUCUGUUCCUCUCCAAUCUCAGUUACCCGAUUCCUCAUGGAAGUAGAAAGUUGAAGACUUUACGGCUCAGAGCCAAUUUCUGGGAGUCAAUCCGAUCUGGGUUUGUGAAGAAUAACAAUAGUACCCAACUUGUUGAACCACCUUCUAUAGUCGAUGAUGAAGAAGAACCAUUGUUGCCUGUGGAGUUUACUUUAGUUGAGAGGACUCUUCAAGAUGGGUUGAUUGAAGAGAUUAUAUUUUCUUCAGGUGGUGAAAUUGAUGUGUAUGAUCUUCAAGGUCUUUGUGACAAGGUAGGAUGGCCACGGAGACCGUUAGUGAAACUAGCUGCUGCUUUGAAGAAUAGUUAUAUGGUUGCUACAUUGCAUUCUGUUAUGAAGUCAUCAUCAGUUUCAGAUUCAGGUUCAUCAGGCGAUAAUGGCGAGCAGCAGCAGGAGAAGAAGCUUAUUGGUAUGGCACGUGCGACGUCGGAUCAUGCCUUUAACGCUACAAUCUGGGAUGUUCUUGUUGAUCCUGAAUAUCAGGGUCAAGGGCUAGGUAAAGCUCUUGUUGAAAAACUUGUAAGGGCUCUACUUCAGAGAGAUAUUGGUAACAUAUCUCUUUUUGCAGAUAGUCAAGUUGUGGAUUUCUAUCAGAACUUGGGGUUUGAAGCUGAUCCAGAAGGCAUCAAAGGCAUGUUUUGGUACCCAAAGUAGUAGUUCUUGGUGAUUGCAAGAGAAUGGGAUUAUUAUUAUUUGUGUGUAUAUCUUUUGUGCUUUCUUAUAUAAAUCUAUAAGGAAGUUUAAAACUGUGUAAUUUGUAACUCAAACUCAAUUUUAUCUAUUUGAGAUUCAAUAUAUGAUGAAACUUUCCCUUCU